CUGGUUUUUUCCUGUACAUAUCAUCCAUGUUCAUGCGUGUGCUGGUUUUUCCUUCUAGGCUAUCAUCCAUGUUCAUGCGUGUGCUGGUUUUUCCUUCUAGGCGUUAUUUGAGUCUAUUAAUUUGAGUUUUGUGGUUCCGAAGAAGAAGAGCUUGUUUGCCAAUGGCGGAGAGAGAGAAAGAGUCUGAGUUUUUCUUUGAGGAUGAGGAAGAAGAAGAAGAUGAUGAUGAUAUAGAGGACACAAGGAAUGAAAAUGGUGGUGGUGGUGGUAGCAGCAGCAGCGAUGAAGAGGAGGAGGGUACUCGAAGAAGAUUUAGAUCUCCUCCUCCUUCUUCCCCUUUCUCUUCUCACCAGUGGCCUCAGAGUUACAGGGAGACAACAGAUUCCUUCACAAUCACUGCAUCGCCUAUUUUUGAAACCCUUCGACGCCUAUCUAGUGUCAGAUACUCAGGUUCUGACAUUGAUAAUAAGAGUGGCUUGGAUUUGGAAACAAAGACUCCAUUGCUGCCUGAAUAUGGAAAAAGUUUUCAGAAGGACGACUCACACAGGCUCUCAGAAACACAGUCAUCAUGGUUUGAUAAGGCUCCAUUUCUUAAGCAAUUGACCGAAGAAUUUCCCAUUAGCCAUGGAUGUAGCUUUACUCAAACUAUAUUCAAUGGGGUGAAUGUAAUGGCUGGAGUUGGGAUUUUGUCUACACCCUACGCAUUGAAAGAAGCCGGCUGGGCAAGCUUGGUUGUGCUUCUUCUUUUUGCAGUGGUUUGUUGUUAUACAGCUUCGCUUAUGAGACACUGCUUUGAGAGCAGAGAGGGCAUCAUAAGCUACCCGGAUAUUGGAGAAGCUGCAUUUGGAAAAUAUGGGCGUCUUUUCGUAUCUAUUGUUCUGUACUCGGAGUUAUAUACAUAUUGUGUGGAAUUUAUUACUUUGGAAGGGGAUAAUCUCGCUAGGCUAUUUCCUGGUACGUCGUUGGAUUGGGCUGGUUUUCAACUGGAUUCCAUGCACCUCUUUGGAAUAAUAACCGCCCUACUCGUUCUACCAACUGUUUGGUUGCGGGACCUCCGCGUCAUAUCAUAUCUUUCAGCUGGAGGGGUCGUCGCGACAGUAGUGAUACUUCUUUGCUUGAUUUUUGCUGGUACAGUGGAUGGAAUUGGAUUUAAUCAAAAGGGUGAAGUCGUAAACUGGAGCGGCAUUCCUUUUGCCAUUGGUGUAUAUGGGUUUUGCUAUUCCGGGCAUUCUGUAUUCCCAAACAUUUACCAAUCCAUGGCUGAUAAAAGAAAAUUUACCAAUGCACUUAUAAUAUGCUUUCUUUUGUGUGUUAUAUUGUACGGGGGUGCUGCAAUCCUUGGAUUUCUCAUGUUUGGUCAAGGCACGCUGUCGCAGAUAACUUUGAAUAUGCCACCUCAUACUGUAACCUCCAAAGUUGCGUUGUGGACAACAGUGAUCAACCCAUUAACUAAAUAUGCCUUGCUGAUGAACCCACUUGCAAGAAGUAUAGAGGAACUGCUUCCUAUCAGAGUCUCUAGUAGUUUCUGGUGUUUCAUUCUCCUGAGGACAGCACUCGUCGUUUCUUCUGUUGGGGUUGCAUUUAUUAUUCCUUUCUUCGGUCUUGUGAUGGCUUUAAUUGGUUCUCUUCUCAGUGUACUAGUGGCAGUAAUAAUGCCAGCUUUAUGUUUUAUUCGAAUUGUAAAGAAGCCGACAACAACUCAGGUUGUUCUGAGUACCGGAACAAUUGUGUUGGGGGUCGUUAGUGCAACCCUGGGAACAUAUUCUUCGCUUUCGGAAAUCGUGAAGAAGUACUAAGAUGAUCAAAUACCGUAAAUGCGUCAGCUAUACGGGUGCUUCAUUGGAACGUUAUGGCCUGCACAGCGUUGUUUGAUUGCGUCUCUUUUUCUUCAUCGAUCUUGUUAAUUUUCCUUUGAGAGAGUCUUUUUGGAUGCUAAAAGUACCUUUUCUUAGUUUCAUUCACAGAGAAUGUGUUGAAAACAUGGUCAAAGCUAUUCAAUUCCAUUUGCCGGUUGUAGUGGUGGAUUAGGUGUAAAGCCCUGGUCUCCUGCUAACCUAACUA